CUUUACAGCUCUAGCAUCUUUACCUGUCUUUCUCCUUUUCAUCGCUGAAUGUUUUUUUUUCCUUCUCAAAAUCAAUGGCGUCUUCUUCCUCAUCCAAGAAAUAUGUGAUCAGAAAGAGAAACCCAGAUCCCAAAACUUCAGCUUUAUUAGUAAUUGACAUGCAAAAUUACUUCUCCUCCAUGGCUAAACCCAUCAUGAACAAUACCCUCCUCAUUGUAGACCUCUGUCGCCGCGCCUCCAUCCCCAUCUUCUUCACGCGCCACUGCCACAAGUCCCCUACUGAUUAUGGCAUGCUUGAGGAGUGGUGGAAUGGCGACCUCAUCCUCGAUGGCUCCCCCGAUUCGGAGCUGAUUCCGGAGAUUGGACAACUUGCAGCUGCCGACGAGGUAGUGGAGAAGAACACGUACAACGCGUUCAUGAACACAGACUUGCAAGAGCGGUUGGCAGAGAAGGGUGUGAAGGAGGUGAUUGUGACGGGGGUGAUGACGAAUUUGUGCUGCGAAACAACGGCGCGAGAUGCGUUUAUGAGAGGGUUUAGGGUUUUCUUCUCUACCGAUGCGACGGCAACUGAUAAUGCAGAGCUGCAUGAGGCGACCCUGAAAAACAUGGCAUAUGGGUUUGCUUACUUGGUUGAUUACGAGCAGAUUCAGAAAGGGCUUUUCUCGUUGUGAAUAUUUUGAACAUCAAUUUUAUUUUGUUUUAUUUUAUUUUUUGGCCUAUGUUUUCCCGAAUGAUGUCGAAAGCACAAAUUUCCAAUCUUCAAAUGAUGAAGGGGAUGGAAGCUUCUGCCUGGGAUUGAAAUUGAAUCGAGGUGCUUGCUUAUGCUACACCACAAGAGCUGGGUGCAGGAAGGACACGAUCUAGGUUGUGUUUGUUCUUUUUGACAAAACUAUUUGCAUUAGCUCGAAUCUGUGAUUUGCCGCCUGAAUCCCGUUCUAAGUUUGGAGACGUUAUGUUAAAUCUAUAAAUAUAAUAGAUAACUAGUUUUGUGCCUUUCGUUGUGUAUUUGCCCUCUCUUGAUUUCUUGGCUUUCCAUGGUACCACAACCAUUUGUCCUAGAAGCUCACUUGAUGUGGAAACUCUACUUUAUUCAUUGAUUGAGAGAUUGUCCUAUUGUUCCUAAUGCAUGGAUUAUGGAAUAGAGUUUGUCCAGUCCC